ACUUGCAUAAUAAUUUGGAACACAGUGUAGUUACAGCUACCAAUCCUCACACUACUGUAAAUUAUAAUUUACUUUGUCUACAAAAAUGUGAGGUGUGGUAUGUGUAAAGGUAGGUUUUCCACUUUAAAAUGUCUUUUUAUGCCCUAAAAGGCAAAAACCAAGAAGCUGGCAAAGCACAGGGAGCAAAAUAGAGUGAGAGGACUUUCGAAAGAGGGAGGGUGAGGGAUGGGGAAGGAAGGGAGUGUCAGUGCUCAAAACAAUAGAAAAGCUCUCAAAAAAAAAAAGAAGAAGAAGAAGAAGAAAAAAAGUAACAAUAGGCAUAGUGUGGCAGGAAAAUGAAAAAAAAAAUGUAUGUGGAAAAUACAUUAUAACAUGAUGGACUUUGCAGGCAUUGGUUUCACAUAUAAUUUACAUAGGAAAAAAAAUCCCCACCUCUCUUUUGGAUUUGUUAUGUUACUGUUAUUAUUAUAUUGUCAAAUAAAAUAAAAUAAAUAGGCUAGCCUACUUAUUUUCUUUUCUUGAUGCCUUUAGAAAUACUUCGUUCACCAAAUAUGUUCAUGAUUUCUCAGUAUUAAUUUGUUAAACAAAGACCAUUGAAAAGGAUGAAAUAGGGUGAAAGACUAUGUUUGGUUCAUUAAUGUAGAAAUUCACAAAUUGUAUUCUGGACCCCUAGCCUAAAUUAAGAGAAUAAAAUGACCUGUGCAACCACAAUAGCUCUCUGCUCCCAUUUCCUCAUAAUAAGCUAUUGUUUACUGCCAUCUAGUGGAUAAAACAUUACUGACUGGUUAGGCAGAAAUGUUUAGCACCAUCUACUGAUGAAACAUUCAAAACGACUGAAAGGGACUUUUUUUUUUUUUUUUUUUUAUGUUGUGUCAGUUUAGAAACUGCAAUGUUAUUGUUAAUUAAUUAUAAACUUGCGGUUGUCUGUUCUUCAACAUACAUUUGUUUUGGGUUGUAGAACGAAUGCAUUACCAGAAAAAUAUUUAAACAACUAAAGAUAAUUUUUUUUUUAUGCCAACGUACAACACGCACGCAUGCGCACUAUAACCUUGACACAUCAUUACCUUGAGCCACGGCAAAUGCGUUUUUGAAUUCUUGUGGGUUUUAGAAGUUGUUUUUGCUGUGUAGUUAUAAAUGUUUUCAAUGACAGAAGAGCAUCACGGACAUAAUUGUCUCAAGGCAAGUUUGUUAUCAAGCUAACCACAAUUGUUUUAGUCUGAUUUAUUAUCUAAAUAACGAAAGACGACAUUGCAUAUAUUAAAUUAAAAGAUUAAACGCAUAUACUAGCAUUCCAGUGUUUGUUUGUCGUAGCUUUUGUCAGCUAAGACCUUUAGGCCUUCAUGAAGCUGGACCGUUUUAUCAUGGGAAAAGACCCAAGUGUGCCACAUAACAUCUGAUUAUAACAACAACAACAACAACAAAAUGGUUGUUUUGAGGAAGAGAAAUAGUAAUUUUCCAUCUCCAUCUUUCAAAAUCUUACUCUUCUUGGAUGCUCAAAUCAUCACCAUAAUCCACGUGGUGGUCCACCAUGAGAUGAAGUUCUGUGCUCUGUUAUACAGUAUUUAGUAGCAGAAAACUAUCAACAGUUCCUUUACAAAGAAUUUCCCCACCUCAGUAAUGUGAUUGUAUAGAACCAUUUCAUGUCACUCUGACUACUGUGGAAGAUUGGAGAUGAUGGGGUAUGGAUGUGGAGCAGGUGGCCAUCUGCUGAACAUGCUAAAGGGCAGCUAUAUAUACAGUAUUAUGUUCAAGGAAAGAUUCUUGAGAAGAAACAAGAACCAGACCAUCAGGUGCACUGAGGAACUUCAUGUUUGAGCGCCCUCUACCAGAUAAAUCCCAACACUGGACUGGACAAUGGACUUACCAUUGAAGCACUGAAGGUGAAGCCUUCUAAGGACUAUUUUGACUAUUGUACAAGUGUGACUGUUAAAUUAAUGUCCUGUGAAAUUGUUCAUUUUUUGACAUGAAUGUAAUAUAACUCCCAAAAAGCUGUCCCAGCUGUCUUGAUCUUUGAGAUACAAUGGUGCUAUAUUCCACUGGAUAUUCAAUGAUGAUCCCAUUUGUAGGAUCUUAGCCUUCAGAGAAAAUUCCAUGGACUCUGUCUUCGGCUAAAGAAUACUGGUUUUAAAGACUAAACUGUGUUAAAUCCAUAAGGGGGAUUAUCUGUACUCAGUGAAUUCCUCCCCUAAUUUGUGCUGCGUUUCCAGACUUUUGGUGUUCAAAAUGUUUAAUCCUAUUUGCUCCACUACACUGACGUAUUUUCAUAGCUUUGAUUUCUAGUUUGGUCUGAGUGGACUACACAAGGGGAUAGUGCGAAUCUCAGGGACACAAAGUGGUUUCACUGGCGGCAAAAAUGACCCUUCUGGCAGAAAGGAACUAGCUAAAAGGAUCUGGUGCAGACCCACCUGGAGAGCCCCUCAAAAUACCACAUCCAGCAGACCCAGAGGCAGCAGGUGAAGCAUUACCUGUCCAGUGCGCUGGGAGCCAAGCUAAGCCCACAGGCCAGCACAGGGCCCGGCCCCAGCCAGCCCACAGAACACGGCAUGCCCCCUGGACCAGGAGCCAGCGCUCCUAAUAGCCCUAUGGCCCUUCUCACCCUCAACUGUGAGAAAGAGAUGGAUGACGUAAUUGAAGACAUCAUAAGUUUGGAAUCGAGCUACAAUGAUGAUAUUCUUGGGUUCAUGGAUGCAGGACUUCAAAUGACUAAUGCGAUUCCAGUUUCUGCAAACCUGUUGGACAUGUACAACAAUCAUGCUCUUCCUUCAGCUGGGGUUACCAUUAACAACUCCUGCUCUAACCUACCGUCUGUCAAAAGGGAAUUAUCCGUUACCCCAGCACCUGGCAUGAUGCACAUAAUGGACAAUCAAGGACCAUGUGGCAAGUUUGACAAUUAUCAAAGGCCUGAAGGCUUUCCAGUAGAAGCAGAGGUCAGAGCCUUGGCAAAAGAGAGACAAAAGAAGGACAACCAUAACCUCAUUGAAAGAAGAAGACGUUUUAAUAUAAAUGAUAGAAUUAAGGAGCUGGGGACAUUAAUUCCCAAGUCAAAUGAUCCGGACAUGAGGUGGAAUAAGGGGACCAUCCUGAAAGCUUCGGUGGAUUAUAUUAGGAAACUGCAGAAAGAGCAGCAGAAAGCAAAAGAGCUGGAAAACAGACAAAAGAGACUAGAACAUGCAAACAGACAUCUCCUGCUUCGUAUUCAGGAGCUUGAGAUGCAAGCCCGUGCUCAUGGACUCGCCGUUAUACCCUCUCCCAGCCUUUAUUCCGCUGACCUGGUGGCUCGAGCUAUCAAACAAGAGCCCGGGAUGGGGAACUGCACGUCUGAUUUGUACUCACACCUCCCCAGUCCUGACAUAUCCCGCCCCACUACUCUGGACCUCAACAACGGCACCAUCAGCUACAACGACAGCCCCACAGAGGAAGAGGAACCGGGGGUCUAUGACAGCCCCAACAAGACCUCCUCCAAGCUGGAGGACAUGCUUAUGGACAACACCCUGUCUCCAGUGGGCAGUAGUGACCCCCUGCUAUCCUCCGGCUCCCCAAACCCAUCCAACAGCAGUGGCAGCAGCAGUAUGGAUGAACAUGAAAAUGGCUGUUAGCAUUGCGAACAAACUUCGUUGAACCAAAGUUAGACGAUUAGAGGUUUCUUUGUAUAAUGAAAUGUUACAGUACUAAUGUUACAUUCAGGUGGUUUUCUUUCAAUCUAGAUCAUGUGUAACAUGAAGAGCACUUUUAAGUACAGUACUUAUCUUGUAUUUUAGAAUAUUUAGUGUAUAUAUUUUUUUCAUAUAUCGUUUUGGAGUUUACUAGUUAAGAAUGACUUAUUUUAAGAAUUUCUUGAUUUAUGAAUGAUUUCUCCAGCACAAAAUAAAAAAUAGCUAGAAUAAAAACAGCUAAAGUGUAAUUUCCGGAGUUGGCUUGAUAUUGUCCACAAAUAUCAAG